CAGACAUACACACAACGCAUACACACACGCGCACACACUCAUAUAGCACCUUCUGCCAGCGCCGCGACCAUGGACCAUUCUCUAGAAGCGUACGAGGCGCUGCUCAUGGCCCUGAUCGGAACUCAUCUUUUAACCCUCUUUCCCCAAGGGCUUUGCCAGUCUAAGACCUCGGCAGAGAGUGAAAGCUCCAGCAAGGCUCACUCCUUCAAUCCUGAGUUGGUCAUUGCCCACUGCUUUAAGCAGUUCAAGCAGGAGGACUUCCACCUGCCACAAAGCCGACGCCGGGUCAUCAUCGUGCCUCGCGUGGAGAAGCAGCUGCCCAUCAACCCCAAGCCACAGGCCCAGGCUCCCCCGGAGCCCAUCCACAGAUUCAAGGCCCCAGAAGCCGGAGAUAUACAAGAGCAGCCAUUGGACACCAAGACCUGGCUGAGCCAGAGGUUGAAGCUUCGGAAGGAGUUGGAGUCAUUUGGCAAUGUGGAGAGGUGGCUGAAGAACAAGCCCAUCUGCACACCUUCAGAGGCCAAGGUCUUACACAGUAUCCACAAGGAGCAUGAGACCCUGUCGGUGGCCCGCUUGGCUGCUACUCAGGUCACCAAGAAGAAAGCCUCCCGGGCUUGGCGCAAAUCGGUGCCCCUGCUUCACCUGCCCAAACCCUCUGCCUUGUCUACCAUGUACACCCACCUGCGCAACCGAAAGAUCAAGAUCCUGGAGAUGUUUAACAAGAUGGACCAGAGUGAUAACCAGAGGAUCACCCGGGAGGAGUUCAUUGUGGCUCUGAAGGCAGUGGGAGUGCCUUUGAAUAGCCAGGAGCUGGAGGACAUAGUGAUCUACCUCAGCUCUCUGGGGAAGUUCAACACCAUCACGAUGAAUGUCCUGGCCAGCACCUACAAGCAGUGGUCCAUGGCUGAGAUGGGGAGAAGCCAGCAAGCCACAAGGGAGAGUCUCCGGUCAGCCAGAGGCAGCAUCAUCCCGAAGAGUCCGCUCAAGAAGCAGAAGGUAAGCCCAGCCCCACAGCCUGCCAAGAUGGACCUGCUGACUGUGCCCAAGACCAACUUGAAGAAGGAAGCACGGCCCAUGACCUUGGAGGACAUGGAGGAUGUCGGCAAGCGGUACCGCGAGAGAAGGCGGCUGCACAAGUUGCUGCUGACAGCCCUGCUGUACCUGGGAGACAAGAUCAUUUUCCUGAAAGACCAGGUGCGCCCGAUCCGGCAGCCAGGAGGCUACUACUCUGACUUCAAGUUCUUCACUCCGAACCAGUCUCUGCUAAGGUCCCAAGGGACCAGCGUGGCUAAGAAGACUGACAAGAAAAUGCCAAAGAAAAUCAAGAAGAUACGCUUUAAGGAGUUUGAGGAACUCACCAGGAAGCUGAAGGCGAAGAGUUCCAGUGGUCAGCAGCUAACCCACCCCAACUUCUUCUGGCCAGGCCACCUCCUGGACAAGCUGCAGCUCUACCUGCCCACCGUGGCCACGGACCGGAGUUUGGCAAUCUUCAGCCAUGUUCAACACCAGCCCCCUGCCUACCCAGCCAUCUACCACCCCAACCGCUGGUGGCCCAUGAAGAACAUGAACUACAUGACCUGUGCCUAUUAUGAUGGCCCCAAGGUCUACUACAUCAACUAG